UCACUUAGCUUACAAAUAUUAUUUAUAAAAGCAGAAAAACCUUCAGAUGUGCAAGUGUGCACAUUUGAUGAAUCUCAAUUGUCUUGUACUUUCCAGUGUCUUAAGUUAUGUUUGUAUGCUGUCAUUUGUAUCAUUUUUACACAAUAGAAAGGAAUAAGUUGGACCAGAUAAUGACAAGCCAUAAAUGACGCACAUGAAAUAAAUGUGUGUGAAACACACACAUUGAUUGGCAGAGAGAUUUGACAUUGGCUUCUGGCAUAUUCGUGGCUUGGGUUACAUCAGUUGAUGUGGUCCUUCCUCUUAUGUCUUCCUAAUAAUAGUAUACUAACACCAGAUUAGGAAGUGGUCUUACUCUGACCUAUGAAACAUUCUUGUUUGUUGAAAAUCAGCAAGACUCAGCUAUGCCCAGUUUCUCUCUCCUGUUCUUUUUUUUUUUUUUUUGUCUAUGCCUCUAAGAAACUAGCUGCUCGUUCAUGUAUAAAGUUAGAGGCACUUUGCAUUUGAAAUUCGACUCUUCUGUCAGCAGUUACCAACUUCCUCUUUUAUCCAGUUGCUGUAAGUGACACUCGACAAGUUUUCACUUUGUCUUUUUUACAACCUGCCGCCGUCAUUGGAUUAUAUUACAUUUUUGUAGCACUUAUUUGUUCAGCUGCCAUCUCUGAGAAAUGUGUGUAUGUGGCAGAGGAGAUCCUUUUAAGAGAUGAGAUCAUUAAACUGAUAUUGACUGGAAGGAUUCUGGUGAGACGUUGAACAGACAUCAUGAUGUUAACAACAUGCAUGGUUGGUUCCAGAAACUAUUGAAAUCAAGAGCAUCUGUACCAGCACAACGUGAACAAGACACAAAAGUGGCAAAAAAGUCAGUGUCCUCUAUGAGCAGUGCAUCAACUUCAUCUCCAUCUACGUCGACAAGCUCUUCUUUGUCAUCAUCAUCAUCACUGGGGACAGCCCCUUUUAAAAAAACAUCACAGCCACAGUCUGCUCUGAGCUCACUGCUGCGAUGGAGCCGAAAGUAUGACGUGUUUGUGUGUCACAGCUCUGUGCACAGUGACACUGAAGAGGCAAUACGCCUGGUGUCUUUCCUGGAGGCCUCACCACAAAGUCUGAGGUGCUUUCUGUGGCAGAGGGACACCUGUCCAGGGGGGGCAAUGUCUACAGAGUUAUGCCAGGCUGUGGAAGAGAGCCAUUUAAGAGCCCUGCUUAUCACUCCUAACUUCCUGCAGGAUGACUGGUGCAUAUACAUGAUGCACCAGGCUCUGGCAGAGGGGCCUAUGUCCAAUCGGCUUAUCCCCUUGGUUCAGAACCUUUCCCGCUCUCAGUAUCCACAGGAACUGAGGUUCUUCUUCUACAUUGACCUGAGCAGGAACCCUGACCGAGGUUACACCCUCGUCAACAAGACUGUGCUCAAGUACCUGCAAGACCUGGCUAUAAAAGAGAAAGAACUUGAAUGCAACACAGACAGCUCUGACGGACCAAGUGGAGAAAGCAGCCCUAAAAAAGACAAUCUGAUGUCAAGUAAUGACCCCACUGAGACGUAAAUACCGCUGGAAGUGAUAGAGAAGAGAGAUAAAGGCUCAGUGAUGUUUGUGAACAUCAUCAACAGUAAUUAGGCUGUGAUGAGGGUGAGAGGGCUCCGGGGGGAGAAGGCUGCUGUUAUUGAACAAACUAAAAUUUAGAGACCAGUUUAUCACAUCAUGUUGGGAUUUUUAAGGAAAG